UUGAAGCCGCACAAUGGGCGGAGAUUUCUGCUGUUUCCUUCCAAAUAUCAACUGAUGAUCAACCCACCGCUAACGGUUCCCAAUGUAGAGGGUUUAGAGCGAGAUAUGCCAGAACUUGAGGCUGAGACGUGGAACUGGACUUCGUUACAGUGAUGGACUGGCCGUUUGACACGAUUUCCCUGCUGAAGGUUUUGCACCAGCAGUGUUUGAGUCGUCGGUUAUAACAUCAACACAUGUUGCACCGGUGCCGCCCGCAAUCCCGCAUUCACACGUCCUGCGCCCUCUUGGAUUCGGUCUUUGGAUUAACAAGAUCACAGGUUGUUUUCAGGCCAGUAUUUGUGUUUUUAUGUGUUGUCUUCCUGAGUCGUGGUCGGUCUUGACGAAGUCAUGGAGCCCAACAUGGAGUACAUAGUGGCGCAGGUCACGCAGAAAGAGGUCGGACGUCGGUUUCAAGUUGGACCGGAGAUCAUAGACUAUAUUCUGGACAGGCAGAAGUCACAUGACCUGGAAAAUGAUCAGACCAUGCUGGACCGGAUGAUGGACAGUCUGGCAACCUCAUGGGUCAACGCAAGCAAUUUCAAGGUGGCUCUGCUGGGAAUGGACAUAGUGUCCGCUCUAGUGACCAGACUACAGGAACGCUUCAAAACACAAAUAGGAACAGUUCUGCCCAGUUUAAUUGAUCGUUUAGGUGAUUCUAAGGACCAGGUUCGAGAUCAAGCACAGUCACUUCUGUUAAAAAUCAUGGACCAAGCGGCCAAUCCACAGUAUGUUUGGGACCGAAUGCUGGGCGGCUUCAGACAUAAAAACAACAGGACCAGAGAAGCUGUUUGCUUUUGCCUUAUUUCCACUCUUAAUGUAUAUGGAGCCCACGGCUUAACCCUUAGCAAGAUUGUUCCUCACAUUUGUCAUUUGUUGGGAGACCCCACUAGUCAGGUUCGAGACGGUGCGAUGAACUGCCUGGUGGAGAUUUACAGACAUGUGGGAGAAAGAGUGAGGAUGGAUCUGGGGAAAAAGGGACUCCCUCAGUCACGGUUGAAUGUGAUUUUCAGCAGGUUUGAUGAAGUCCAGAGGUCUGGGAACAUGAUCCUGUCCACAGAUAAGAACAUCGAGGAUGAAGAUUCGGCGGAUGGAGGGCGUUCCUCGUCGUCCUCUAAAGGAGCGUCAUCGGUGCGUCGAACGGGAUCCCUGCGCAGGCCGAGCUCCGCUUCCAGCGCCAAGAGCUCAGGGAAGGAGAGCUCUGGUGCCGGAGCUGUCGAUGAAGAAGACUUCAUCCGUGCCUUCGAAGAUGUGCCGACCGUACAGAUCUACUCCGCUCGAGAGCUCGAGGACUCCAUGAACAAGAUCCGAGAAAUUCUCUCCGAUGACAAACAUGAUUGGGAACAGAGAGUGGCCGCACUGAAGAAAGUGCGUUCUCUGCUGUUGGCCGGCGCGUGCGACUACGACGGCUUCUCCCAGCAGUUACGGCUCCUCGAGGGGUCGUUCAAACUCUCGGCUAAAGAUCUGCGCUCGCAGGUGGUGCGCGAGGCCUGUAUCACACUGGGGCACCUGUCAUCUGUGCUGAGGAAUAAAUUUGAUCACGGAGCCGAGAACAUCAUGCCAACGUUACUCAACCUCGUGCCCAACAGCGCUAGAGUUAUGGCCACAUCCGGGAUGGCGGCGAUCCGUCUCAUUAUACGACACACUCACUAUCCACGUCUGAUUCCCAUCAUGACCAGCAACUGCACGUCUAAAUCUGUGACAGUCAGACGACGCUGUUAUGAGUUUUUAGAUCUUCUGCUUCAAGAAUGGCAGACACAUUCUCUAGAGAGGAACAUCGCUGUUCUGAUGGAAACCAUUAAGAAAGGAGUUCAUGAUGCCGACUCCGAGGCCAGAUCAGUUGCUAGAAAAUGUUACUGGGGUUUUCACGCCCACUUCAGCAAGGAGGCGGAGCAUAUGUUCCAGGCGCUGGAACUGACCUAUCAGAAGGCGCUCCAGUCUCACCUGAAGAGCUCGGACAGCAUCAUGUCCCUGCCUCAGUCUGACCGCUCGUCCUCCAGCUCGCAGGAGAGUCUGAAUCGGCCUCUUUCUGCAAAAACACCUGUCGGGAGCAACUUAAGCAGAACUAAAGUGGCGAGUUCUCGCGCGUCGUCUUCGUCCGGCUCACUCCAGCGUUCACGCAGUGAUGUCGAUGUUAACGCUGCAGCCAGUGCCAAAUCACGAAUGCCCACUGUACCCGCCGCUGCCCCCUUCAGCUCUGCCACGGCACUGCCGCCCGGGUCCUACGCCUCGCUGGGUCGUGUGCGAACAAGACGGCAGAGUUCAGAGAAGGCUUCUGGGGGCGGAGCUUCUGUGACGGACAGCAGGGGGAGGAGCCGAGCCAAAGCUGUGUCCCAAUCACAACGAUCCAGAUCUGCUAAUCCAGUAGCGGGUAAAGCUCACGCGGGCAGUCGCUCGAGUUCACCUGGGAAGCUCUUGGGUCAUUCCUACGGGAGAAUCCCUCGAGCCACCGGAGCGCCGUCGGUCAAGCGCUGUAAGAUCCCGCGGAGUCAAGGCUGCAGUCGCGAGACGAGUCCCAGCCGCGGGCGAGAGGUGCGGGGCAGUCGUAUCCCGAGGCCCAGCAUGAGUCAGGGCUGUAGUCGUGACACCAGUCGGGAGAGCAGUCGAGACACCAGCCCGGCUCGAGGGUUCAGUUCGCUGGCAUCCCACAGACACUCUCGCUCCACCAGCGCGCUGACGGCGGGUGACGUCCUGCUGACAGAUCGUUACGGGCUCAUCCAUCAGGCCCGUAUCUCAGCGUCUGUGAACGCCAUGCGGAUCUUGAACACGGGCACUGAUGUGGAGGCGGCUGUGGCAGAUGCUCUGCUUUUAGGAGACUCCAGGAAUAAGCAGAGACCCAUGCGACGACGCUUCGAAUCUCCCGGCAUGUACUCCGAUGACGACGCGAACAGCGACGCGUCCAGCGCGUGCUCCGAACGCUCCUACAGCUCUCGUAACGGUGCGAUGCCGCAUUACCUGCGUCAGACGGAGGACGUGGCCGAGAUCCUGAACCACUGCGCCAGCGCUAACUGGUCCGAGAGGAAAGAGGGGCUCCUGGGACUCCAGAACCUGCUGAAGAGCCAGAGAGUCCUCAGUCGUGUAGAGCUGAAGAGAUUGUGUGAGAUCUUCACCAGGAUGUUUGCAGAUCCUCACAGCAAGAGAGUGUUCAGCAUGUUCCUGGAGACGUUGGUGGACUUCAUCAUGUUACACAGAGAGGAGCUUCAGGAUUGGCUGUUUAUUUUGCUCACGCAGUUGCUGAAGAAAAUGGGGGCCGAUCUUCUGGGGUCCGUCCAGGCCAAAGUUCAGCGAGCUCUCGACGUCACCAGGGAUUCGUUUCCGUACGAUCAGCAGUUCAACAUCCUGAUGCGGUUUAUUGUUGAUCAGACACAGACACCGAACCUCAAGGUGAAGGUGGCCAUCCUGAAGUACAUCGAAUCUUUGGCCAGACAAAUGGAUCCGUCAGACUUCGUGAACUCCAGCGAGACGCGAUUAGCCGUCUCUCGAAUCAUCACGUGGACCACAGAACCGAAGAGCUCGGACGUCAGAAAGGCGGCUCAGAUGGUUUUGAUCGCCCUGUUUGAGCUGAACACCCCAGAGUUCACCAUGCUGUUAGGCGCUCUGCCCAAAACCUUCCAGGACGGAGCCACUAAACUCCUGCACAACCAUCUGAAGAACAACAGCAACACCCCCACAGCGUCUCAGGCAUCUCCCAGCAGCCCCGUGACCCGCGCUCCUCCCAGACACCCCGUGACCCGCACCAGCCCGCUCACGUCACCCACCAACUGCUCGCACGGAGGACUUUCUCCCAGUCGUUUAUGGGGCUGGAGCUCAAAGGCUUCUUCUCCUCUCCCUCCCCCCCACCCCGGCCCCACCACCCCCCCGCUCCGGGCUCAUCGGAGGGCGUACUCGCCCAGUAUGCUGGAGUACGACACUGAGAACAUGAACUCUGAGGAGAUCUUCAGCUCUCUGAGAGGCGUAACCGAAGCCAUCCAGAGCUUCAGUUUCCGCAGUCAGGAGGAAAUCCUCGAGCCCAUCAAACGUGACGGCAAGAGGGAAGAUCCGACCGGUGUGGCGUCGUCUGGUGUGGAUCCUCGUCUGGAGGGAGGCCGGACGGCGCUGGACAACAAGACGUCACUAUUAAACACACCGUCCCCUCGAUCGUUCAGCGGCCCGUGGACACGCGAGUACAACCCCUACAACUACAGCGACAUCAGCGCCUACGAGAAGGGAGCGCUCGCCGUGUUCGACGACGGGGAGCAGAUCCGAGAGGGUCUUCAGCAGGACUGUGGAGAAAACAAGAUCAUGCACCCCAAAGGUUUUUCUGCAGGACCCGGGCAGCCCCUGGAGAUGGUUGGUGACCUGCUGAAGGAGCUGUCCAAUCACAGCGAGCGUGUGGAGGAGAGGCGGGCCGCUCUGCUGGAGCUGCUGAAGGUCACGCGCGACGACAGUCUGGCCUUGUGGGAGGAGCACUUUAAAACCAUGCUUCUGCUGCUGCUGGAGACGCUGGGAGAUAAAGAUCACACCAUCCGAGCGCUGGCGCUGCGUGUCCUGAAGGAGAUCAUGCGAGGUCAACCAGCGCGCUUCAAGAACUAUGCAGAACUCACCAUCAUGAAGACACUGGAGGCCCAUAAAGACUGUCAUAAAGAGGUCGUUCGGGCCGCAGAAGAAACGGCCUCCACGCUGGCCGGAUCAAUCCACCCCGAGCAGUGCAUCAAAGUUCUGUGUCCCAUCAUCCAGACGGCCGACUAUCCCAUCAACCUCGCCGCCAUUAAGAUGCAGACCAAAGUAAUCGAGCGGAUUCCCCAGGAUUCCCUGGGUCAGCUUCUGCCUGACAUUAUCCCAGGACUGUUACAGGGUUAUGAUAACACCGAGAGCAGUGUACGCAAGGCCAGUGUUUUUUGUUUGGUGGCCAUUUAUUCAAUCAUCGGUGAAGAUCUGAAGCCUCAUCUACAGCAGCUGACCGGCAGCAAGAUGAAGUUACUGAACCUGUACAUCAAGCGAGCUCAGACCACCAACAGCAACAGCAGCAGUUCCUCAGACGUCUCGUCUCACAGCUGAACACUCGCUCUACAGGCCCGUCCUGAAACGCUCUCAGAAGACUUCGCACAUUUGGUCCAUCGUGCGAGUAGAUCUUGUUUAGGUGCACAUUUGCUUUAUUAAAGGGCACAUGAUUCAUUUAAGAGGUGCAACCACUUACACUUACUUUAACUUUAACCGCAGCCUGUUGGGGUUUGUGAUUGGUUGCGUUUGUGCUUGAAUGAACAUCUGCUACCAACAUUGUGUGUGUGUGUGUGUGUGUAAGUUGUGCCUUUGUGUGAGAGAGCUGUUGCGACGACUUUUAUUCUCUAAUGCUUUAUUACUUUUUACCGUUACAUUUUUGCAGUGGCGUUUAACUUCCUCAUAUUCAAAGCACACGUAAAGUUCUGUCCAAUCGGCCAAUCAGGAGUCGUGUUUCAAACCUCCAGCGUCAGCACUCGUCCGUUGUAGUUUCACGUCUUUAACUCUGCUGCUGCCUCCAGUUUUCUAGAACGCUUUUGGUUUUUAGUGAUGAGUGUCAUUUUUUUGCGCAUCUGAAAAUAUGCAAGAACAGAGAUUGUAUUUGUACAGUAUUUGUUUCAUGUCUGGCCAACAGGAGAAGAGGUUUUUGCUCAAAGUCUGAUUGUAAAAGAGCAAAUUUAGUUUGAAAUCUCUCAUUCCAGCGUUG